UGCCAGCUAAGAGGACGAGCUCCAUCAAAGCAGUGCAACUUUCCACACGCUCGCUCACUCCUGCACUGCGGAAGAGAGAGACCGCGGCGUGACUCUUCAUUCACAGACUCUCUUUAGAGCAAAACGGCUUUCCUCUGUGUGCUGUAGAUUUUUUAUUUAUUUUUUUAAGAAGAAACGGAAUGCACGCUGGAGGCGAAACGCGUUGAGGAAUUAUCGUUAGGAGAGCUCGCGACUGUGGACAUGGCAGAUCUGCGCACAUCCGGGCCACUGCGUCGGGACUCCAUUAUUCUCAAUUAACUGUGAAAGUAACUGGCUAGCAUAGCAUCACAGAAAGAGGGACAGGGGGGUUUAAAAACUGGCACGGCUUUUCUUUUUACACGGAAAUUCUGCACCCAAGCUGGAAAGCUAAAGGAGAUGUCUAAUCAAGGAGGAAGGAGAAAUGGACCCGUUAAGUUGCGUUUAACAGUGCUCUGUGCGAAGAACCUAGCAAAGAAAGACUUCUUUCGCCUGCCUGACCCUUUUGCUAAGGUGGUGGUGGACGGUUCAGGGCAAUGUCACUCCACAGACACUGUGAGAAACACUCUGGACCCCAAGUGGAACCAACACUAUGACCUAUAUAUCGGGAAAUUGGACUCCAUCACAAUUAGCGUGUGGAACCAUAAGAAAAUCCACAAGAAGCAGGGCGCUGGCUUUCUGGGCUGUGUACGGCUUCUCUCCAACUCCAUCAACCGCCUCAAAGACACAGGCUAUCAGAGAUUGGACCUAAACAAGCUGGGACCCAAUGACAGUGACACAGUGAGGGGUCAGAUAGUAGUGAGUCUUCAAUCCAGAGACAGGAUUGGCACCGGCGGGCCUGUGGUGGACUGCAGCCGUCUAUUUGACAACGAUCUACCAGAUGGCUGGGAGGAGAGGAGAACCGCUUCUGGUCGGAUUCAGUACCUGAACCACAUCACACGCAGCACGCAGUGGGAGAGACCAACCAGGCCGGCGUCGGAGUACUCUAGUCCUGGUCGCCCCCUGAGUUGUUUGGUCGACGAGAACACACCCAUCAUGACACCCAAUGGGGCAGCUGGUGCUCAGGCGGGCGAGCUGCGAGUGCAGGAGCGGCGUGUUCGAUCCCAGAGACACAGAAAUUACAUGAGUCGAACUCACCUGCACACACCGCCAGAUCUCCCCGAGGGCUACGAGCAGCGGACCACACAGCAGGGUCAGGUGUACUUCCUGCACACUCAGACGGGUGUCAGCACAUGGCAUGACCCCAGAGUUCCAAGGGAUCUUAGUAAUGUGAACUGUGAGGAGUUGGGGCCACUGCCUCCAGGAUGGGAGAUUCGGAACACAGCCACGGGUCGCGUCUACUUUGUUGACCACAACAACAGAACGACACAGUUCACGGACCCGCGGCUCUCCGCCAACCUGCACCUGGUCCUCAAUCCCAGUCCUAACGGUUCACGAGGUGCUGGUGAAGCUGUGACCAGUCGUGUAGGUCAGCUGAAAGAGCAGGCCCAGACAGUUCUAUCUCCUGGAAAUCUGCCCGACGAUGCAGAGUGUCUCACCGUGCCCAAAUACAAAAGAGACCUGGUGCAGAAGCUGAAGAUCCUCCGGCAGGAGCUUUCUCAGCAGCAGCCUCAGGCAGGGCACUGCCGCAUCGAGGUGUCCCGCGAGGAGAUCUUUGAGGAGUCAUAUAGGCAGGUGAUGAAAAUGAGGCCAAAAGACCUGUGGAAGAGACUGAUGGUGAAGUUCAGAGGAGAAGAAGGGCUGGAUUAUGGAGGCGUAGCAAGAGAGUGGUUAUACCUUCUGUCCCAUGAGAUGUUGAACCCAUAUUAUGGACUCUUCCAGUAUUCACGUGAUGACAUCUACACGCUACAGAUCAACCCUGACUCUGCCGUGAAUCCGGAGCACUUGUCCUAUUUUCACUUUGUGGGCCGCAUAAUGGGCAUGGCUGUGUUCCACGGUCACUACAUUGACGGUGGCUUCACUCUGCCCUUCUACAAGCAGCUGCUGGGCAAACCCAUCACUCUAGAUGACAUGGAGUCUGUGGAUCCUGAUCUCCACAAUAGCCUUGUCUGGAUCCUUGACAAUGACAUCACAGGGGUGUUGGACCACACGUUCUGUGUAGAACACAAUGCAUAUGGAGAGAUCAUUCAGCAUGAGCUCAAACCCAACGGCAAGAGCAUUCCAGUCACUCAGGAUACCAAGAAGGAAUAUGUCCGGCUUUAUGUGAACUGGCGCUUCCUGAGAGGCAUAGAGGCUCAGUUCCUAGCCCUGCAAAAAGGCUUUAAUGAGGUCAUACCACAACAUCUGCUCAAAGCCUUUGACGAGAAGGAGCUAGAGCUCAUCGUGUGUGGCCUGGGAAAGAUCGAUGUUAAUGACUGGAAGUCCAACACACGGUUGAAGCACUGCACCCCUGACAGCAACAUUGUGAAAUGGUUCUGGCGUGCUGUUGAGUCGUUCGAUGAGGAACGCAGAGCUCGACUGUUGCAGUUUGUCACCGGCUCAUCCAGAGUGCCACUGCAGGGUUUCAAAGCCCUUCAAGGAGCUGCAGGUCCACGUCUGUUCACCAUCCAUCAGAUUGAUGCCAGCACUGAUAACUUGCCCAAAGCUCACACAUGCUUCAACCGCAUUGACAUUCCUCCAUACGAACACUACGACAAGCUCUAUGACAAACUCCUGACAGCCAUAGAAGAGACCUGUGGCUUUGCUGUCGAGUGAUUUCUGCCACUAGAUGGCAUGAGAAGGCAGGAAAGCUGGUCUUGUGGAAGGAGUAUACCGGUCACUCUACACCUCUAGGGUGUGGCGUCUGGGCCAGUAGCACUGCCCCUGUUAUCAAAAGAAGGGACAGAACUCGGAAUAGGUUGUUGAGGACGGAACAUUUUGGUUUCUCUUCUUCCCUGCAUAUAUUUUUUUUUAAUUGUUAUUGAAGAAUGGACUUCAUUUUUCAGCUGCUAGUAACUCUCUGACUUUAUACAAUUUUGAAACAUGCGAACAUUUUGGCUCUUCCUCUUUUUAUUUUAUUUUUUUUCCCUUUUAAAAGCAUUAAGGGGGGACAAAAAAAAGACACAGACAGUAUUUCAUGUAGCGUCUGUACCAGUGACUAAGGAAAAGAGACACACCAGUGGGCUACCAACAGAACAGAGUACUGCAAGUUCUGGAGAUAAACAGAAAUAUGCCAGUGGUUGCUACAUCUAUAGUUCAAGAUGUUCAGAGUGCUCAAAUAUCUUUUUUCACCACAGACAUUUGGGACCCUGCAAUGGAGGCAGUCAGAAUACGUGUCCUACUGACCGCUUUUAAGCCCUGUCCUCAGUUACCUGUGCUCCAUUCCCUAAGACCGGUCUCAGCAGCAGUCUGACACAGACACUUCUUUAAUGAAUGAUUUGUUUAUGUUGGUAGUCCACUGUUCUUUUUAUAUGAUGGAGGGUGGGAAAAUGGAGCAGUUAAAAAAAAUACAGCAAAAAGAUAUGCAGAGAGAUGACGAAAGGAAUAAACUACAGUGUCUUUGACUACAUCAUUCUGAAACUGGAGGAAUGACUACCUUUUUUUUGUUUGUUUGUUUUUCCCCUCCAUUGGUGUAUUUGUGAUGGAGAGGGAAGUCGAACACACUCUCAUAGGUGUUAAAAUGUGUCGAUCACCAGCUAUUACGAACGCCACUGCAUAUUAUUGUCCUCUCAUGCAUUGUGGAGGGGGAGCAGAGGGUCAUCCUGGAAGAGACCAUUCCCAUCAGGAUAGAAAUCCUUCAUCAGAGGAUACACGGUAUCAGUCAGAAUAACUUUAGUGAUUUGUAGUAAUUCUUCCCCUCACAAUCCAUGGCAGGAAAAUAUAUCGCAGAAUAACAGAGCCAGCGUUUCUUUUUCUUUUUUUUCUUUUCAUUUCUUUGUCAGCCGCCUGUAGAUGCGUCAUUUAUUACCGGUGUUGUUGCAAAAACUAAGUAGCCUUCGUCAUCGACGACUACCAGGUGACUUUUAUUGUGGCUAUUUAAAAAAAAAAAAAGAAAAAAAAAAGCUGAAUGUUUUUAAAGAACUUUUAUUUUUUAGUGGCAUUAUGUUUUUGGUUUGUUUUUUUUUUACUCCAUCAAUCAUGGAUCUCUUAAGGCCUAACCAAAUGUGUAUGUAUGCAGAUGCAUAUGGAGGAGCAUGCUGAUGAGGUGGUAGAUGUAUUUCAUUUUGUGUCCUUCAGUCAUGGAGUCUUGGUUAUGUACUGCUCUGUGUUUUGACAAAGCCCACAGAAAAAAAAGCCUCAAGCGUUCGGGUUAGACCAAUCGUCUGGGUUUAAAUACUAACACUAACUUUGCCUAUUUUGACCCAUGAUCUUAAUCAGGGUUUUAUUAAUAAAUCAAAAGUUUUAUCGAUUUGAGCUGCAAGUGAACAAUUAAUGAUCCUUAAUGAUGAGUAACGAAGUAUUUUCCUGAAUUAAAGCCUGUUAUUAAAAAGUAAGGGGUCAUUUUUUGAAGAAAAAAAACAAAAAAAAAACGUGUCAGUGAUGAAAUAUAAAGGAUAAAUAUUAACAGUAUACCGGAAUGCCUCACAAGCAUGUCCCUUAUACCAUUUGUAUUCUUUUUAAACUUGUAGCUUCAAAUAUAGUGCAACGCUUUUAUUCCAGAGUCAUUAUAGGAUUCCCAAGCUACAUGAUUUUUGAUUGAUUUUUUUUUUUUUAAUCUUUAACAGAACAUCCUAUUUAUUUUUAUUUUAUAAGCUCGUAUAAACGGUUUUGAAUGAAAUGCUCCUUGUCUAUAGCAAUCCUCUAUGACCAUGGACUGUUGUUAAAAAAUUUGCAUAUGCUGAAAAUGAAUUACACUUCUUCUUGUAUUACAUUUUUAUAGACUGUGUGUGUGUGUGUUGGGGGAGAGUGAAAAAGAAAAUAAACCUCUGGGUAAAUCAAUUGAAAUAUCCUGAGAAGGUGCUUUGUACAGUAAUAGAAUAUUGUCCUUAUACAGCUAUGUGGAUCACAAAAAUGUCAUAUAUCUUUAACUUAAAUAGAAAGAUGUAAAAGAAAAAAAAAUACAUUGGGGGAAAAAAAAAUAAGUACAUUUUGCACACAUGCAGACUGUAAUUGCUGUAAAUAAUAGGCAAAAUCUAUUUACCAAACUCUUUAUGAAUGGACUGAUUUUUUUUUUUUUUUU